UGGUAAUUUUCGUAUUCUUCCGUAAUCUUGUAACCUCGUACUUCCCACGUGGUCUUUGGUUCACGCACAGUUUACGGAGAAAACGGUGAAGAAGAGAAAAUAGAUGCAUGCUCCUAUUCCUCCUCCACAGCAAAUGGCCAUGGGUCAGCAGCCGGCUAUGAGCGGCGGCGUGCCACUCCCUCACAGUCAGUACCCGUUUCCUCUGACUGGCUACGAGAUGCCUCCAGUAGCCAUGGGAUACGGAGGACCCAUUCCCUACGGAGUCGCCGUACCAUACAUGCAAGGGCCUCCCCCGCCAUCGAAGCCACCAAUGGACGUGGCUGAUCAUCCCGACCUCUUUAUCCCCAAACCUGUUGAAGAGUUCCUCCCUCGAUUCAGGAGACAGAUCCGAGACAAGAACAUACCAGAGAUACUGAACAGCUAUGAGGUUGAGUUCAACAAGUUGUCGGAUCGUUGGUUCACUGAGGACCCGUGGCCCGUCGUGGAACAAGUGGUUACCCUCGACAGCGGAAUGGCCGACGACGAAGUGUUUAUAACUCUCUAUAAGGAGCUGUACUUCCGACAUAUCUAUGCCAAACACAAGCCCACUAUCGACCACAGGUACAACUCAUUCUCAAACUACUGCGACCUCUUCAACCUCAUCCUCAGUGAGUUCCUUGAUUCAUCUAGACACGGCCUGAUGCGGCUUAACACGCUCUAGACACGGAGGAACCCAUUGAUCUGGAGCUACCCCAGAAGUGGCUGUGGGACAUCAUUGACGAAUUCAUAUAUCAGUUCCAGACGUUUAUCCAGUUCAGAGGGAAGCUGAAGACUCGGACGGCCGAGGAGAUCUUGAGUCUCAAGGAGAACCAAAAGAUGUGGAACAUUCACAGCGUUCUCAACGUUCUCUACUCUCUCAUCGCCAAGUCAAACAUCAACCAACAGGUUUUCCUCUCUCUCUCUCACACUACACAAAAGUUUGGUGCCACAUGGGAUAAUGAUUAUUUUGUCGAUUGAUUUUACACCUCAUAAUCAAAAUUUGGUGCCAUAUACCACAAGUGUAUACAGCUCUGUUGACAUCUACAGUUGGAGUUAAACUUAGCAGGGGAGACUCCGGCGCCAGGAGUGUUUGGAGGCCACUCUCUGUACAAGGAGCUGGGCUACUACGGUCUUAUAGGGCUUCUGAGACUCCACACGCAACUGGGAGACUAUCACCAAGCUCUCCAGAGUGUGUCCAACAUACAGCUCUCUAAGAAGGUGUUGGCAGUGACUCGUGUACCAGCAGCUCAUAUAAGUCUCUACUACUUCGUGGGGUUCUGCUAUUUCAUGAUGCGGCGAUACAAGGAUACUGUGAGGACAUUUUCAAACAUCAUUGUCUUCAUCCAGAGAGCAAAACAGCACUUUCAGCCCAAGUCAUUCCAACUAGACCUGGUCCUGAAGCAGAACGAGCAGAUGCUGUCGAUACUAGCCAUGCUUAUCUCGCUCUCUCCACAGCAUGUUGAUGAGGUAGUUAACUCACAGCUGAAACAUGAACGCUACACCGAUAAGAUGGCCAAGAUGCAGAAAGGUGACUUGAAGACAUUUGAAGAAAUGUUCACAUUUGCAUGCCCCAAGUUCAUGUCACCAAUCCCUCCCGACUACGACAGUCUCCCCGAAAACUAUAACAAGGAGCCCACUAGGUACCAGUGCUCUUUAUUUCUGGCUGAAGUGGAACAGCAGCUGAUUAUCCCCACCAUAAGAAGUUACCUGAAGUUCUACACUACCAUGCCCAUAUCCAAGCUAGCAUCCUUCAUGGAAGUGGAUGAACCAACUCUUAGAGAGCAACUACUCCGAUUCAAGCACAAGACCAGGACACUGGUGUCCACUACAAAAGGAGUGAAGCAUCUCUCGGGAGAACUGCAGUCAUCUUCCGACCUCGACUUCUACAUCGAUGGGGACAUGAUCCACAUCGCUGACACCAAGGUUGCUCGUCGCUAUGGUGACUUCUUUAUCAGACAAAUCAACAAACUGGAAGAGAUUGCAGGGAGAGGGAACUAAACUAACACAUAUUGUCAGCCAUUGUACUUCCUUCUUGUUGCAAUUUUGUCCAUGCAAUACAAUGUAACUCAACUAUAAUUACUUUUUUCUCCAGAAGAUUGACCAAUUUAUUAUUAUUAGUGGCGAACUGUGUAUUAAAACUGGGUUGUUCAUUCGCACUGUGCGACCCGUUGCAGACCAAUUUUGACUAAAAUCACAGAAUUCAGAGGUGCGGGAUCUACAACCGCUUUGGAAGUCGUGAUGCUGUAUGAGAAUGUACAAUGUCGUUGAGGAGAGGAGGCAUUGUUCCAGAGUGACGGGAGCUCAUUUCUCGAGGAGCUCUCUUCUCUGUCUCUCCAGCAGCAUCUCCAGGUGUUCGGCUCUCCUCAGAGCGGCCGCGUGCUGGCUACGGAGACUCGCUAGGUUCUCCUCUUUCUUCUCCAGGGCCU